AUGAAUAGAUUAAAUAAAUUGCCUCGCGGAUUUGGUUCUUUUCAAAAAUUGGAAAUUCUUGAUCUUACUUAUAAUAAUUUAAACGAGCACAGCCUUCCAGGAAAUUUCUUUUUUAUGCCAACAUUGCGAGCACUUUAUUUGGGGGAUAAUGACUUUGAAGGGUUUCCUGAAGAUGUUGGACAUUUGGGUAAUCGUCUUCAAGUAAUUCCCCCAGAAUUGGGGGCUUUAGAUUUAAUUGACCCAAAUGAUGAAAAUGCUAAAACUCUUCGUGUUGAAAAUAAUCCAUGGAUUUUGCCUUUAAAAGAAGUUUUGAUGCGUGGGGCACAGAAUGGUGAUUGGUUUAGUGGAGUUGAAGCUUUUUGGAAUUAUAUCCGUUCUGACAAUUAUCGACGUCUUUAUGAAAGCCAUCCUGUGGGUAUUGGUUCUCCUCCUCCGAAACGUUCCAAAGAAAAGAAAAUUAGCCGUUCUGGAAAGGGAGGAGAUGUACAUUCACGUGGACAAAGUAAAGAACGAUAA